AUGUAUUGGUGUUUUGAAAUGGCAAAAUGUGCAACAAUUAAUGACACUAACGUUUUGCUGGACGACCUUCUUACAGGAUACAAAAGGCUAGUCAGACCAAUUGCAGACCAAGACAGACCGGUUUUUGUAAACGUUAGUUUGGUUUUAAAGUCAAUACAGCAAUUAGAUGAAGUUCGUGGGGAAUUUUCAUUUUUUGCGGGAAUAAAUAUGAACUGGAUUGAUGCCAAAAUGACGUGGAAUCCUCAAUCUUACGGAGGGAUCGAAAGCAUAAAGGCAUCAUACGAAGACGUAUGGGUCCCAGAGUUAAUUCUAAUGAAUCCUGCAGAAGAAGCAAAUACACUUGGUAUGAAAUGGCAAACAGUACUUUUUUUAAGCAAUGGCCUUGCAUACUGGAUUCCAGGAAAUCUCAUCAAAAGCACAUGUACGGUUGAUAUGACAUACUACCCUUUUGAUACCCAGAUAUGUGAGGUUACUUUUACGGUGUGGGGAUAUUCUGAAAGUGAAGUGGCACUAAAAGCUCCAAUUUUGCAAGCAGAUAUCAAAUAUUACGAAGGGAAUAAUAUCUGGACAUUUAAGAACUCCAUAGCCGAGGCGGAUGGAAAUUCUAUAGACUUUCUUUUCUAUCUUGAAAGAAAGUCCGGCUUUAUCAUUAUGCAUGUACUCCUUCCCUUGACAUUUCUUAGUAUCCUAAAUGCAUUUGUAUUUCUACUUGUGCCCGAGUCUGGAGAACGCAUGUCCUACUGUAUCACCGUUUUACUGUCGAUUGCCGUCUUCAUGACUAUUGUCAGCGACACCCUCCCAAGAAGCUCAAAACCAAUUCCAAUGAUCUCGUACAAACUGCUGUUUGAUUUGAUAAACAGCGCUUUGAUAACAUUGAUCACCAUAUUCAAUAUGCGGAUCUAUAAUAAAAAGGACACAACAAAAGUACCUCGGUGGCUAAGAAAACUUUAUCAAGUUUUGGCAUGCAAAAAUCAGAAUGGAAAGAUCAUACCAGCUGCUUCUAAUGAUGAGCAACAACAUGAGAAAAUAGAUCGAUCUGCUGACAACAAAACUGAGAAAGCAAGCCUACAAAUUAACCAAGGUCAAGAAAAUAUUGAAAUGGAUGAAGCAAGCACAAAUGAAGUUAAGAUAUCGUGGGAACAUAUUAGUUUUAUGGUGGAUUGUUAUGCAUUUGUUAUAUUUGCACUUUUUUCAGUUCUUAGUUUUGUGUUAUUUUUAGUAUCUGUACAAUAA